GCCGAGAUUGUAGCGUCUCGCGAAAUCUUUAGUGGCCAGCCCACUCGUCGGUUAAAAUUUCAAGAUUAUAAAAAGGGUCUAAAUAAAAUUUUGCCGCGAGAAGAAUUAAAUAAAUAGUUUAAUUUGUCUACAGAUUGAGCUAAUUGGCAUUGCAGUAGAUAUACUUGAUAGCUUAAUUUUACAUUGAAGGUCUACGCCAUCAUCGACUUGUAUUCGUAUAUAUUGAAAUUUAAAGUUUACGAAAAAAAGCCAAAUCACCACGAGAGAAUUGAGACGGGUCAAAACAAGUCCAGCUUGUUGCAGUGGCUGCAAUCUCUUUUUGCUGCAAAUUAUUCAUCGAAUUCCUACAGCGCUAUGACUCCUGUUCGUUACACACGAAAUCUCUUCCUUCGGGGAGUCAGCGUUGUUUACUUGUUUGCCUUCCUCAGUUUCUACGUUCAGAUUCCAGGACUUUAUGGUGACAAUGGGCUAUUACCAGCAAGAAUUCAACUUGACCUUACAAACCAAGCACCAUUACUAAAGAAACUUCAAGAGCAACCAAAUAUUUUGUGGUUUGCCUCAUAUUUAGGUUUGAAUGUGGAAUAUAUGCUAGAUUUAGUUACAUUACUUGGGAUAUCAUUUUCAUUUCUUGGACUAGUGUCUCAAAAAUUAUGUACUGCACCUGUAUUUUUCCUAUUGUGGUCUUUUUAUUAUUCAAUAUACCAAAUAGGAAAAACAUUCAUGUGGUUUCAAUGGGAUUUACUCCUACUUGAAACAGGAAUUUUAUCAAUUAUAAUUGCUCCUAUCCGGUAUAACAGUCGUUCAAGGAAAAGUGCUGCAAGCGAUUCAUUAAGAUUUUGGACUAUCAGAUGGCUCUUAUUUCGUCUUAUAUUUACAACUGGUAUCAUUAAGCUCAUUUCUGGAUGUCCACUAUGGUGGAGUUUAGAUGCUCUAAAAGUAUAUUUUCAGUCACAAGUCCUUCCUACACCAUUAGCAUGGAAUGCUUAUCAUUUACCAACUUGGUACUUACGAUUCAUCAAUGUAUUUACAAAUAUUCAUGAAAUAGUGAUACCUUUUCUUUUCUUUAUCCCUAUAAGAAUGAUUCGAACAAUUGCAUGUAUUCUAUUGGUUCAUCUACAAAUCCAUAUACUUUGCACUGGGAAUUAUAAUUUCUAUAAUUUAUUGACAAUAAUCUUAUGUUUAUCAUUAUUAAAUGACCAGUUUUUUUAUCGAAAAAAAUUCAAAAAUGAAAAUUCUGAAAUGUCUAGAUAUUUCUCCAUAUUUACUUGUAUAGCCAUUUGCGCAGCAAUUAUAUAUGGUACUGUUGUCUUCUAUAAUCUCAAGUUCACUAAUGAAAUGACAAUUUCUUCUAAAAUUGGUUUCACAAGAGAUCAAUUUGAUCAUGUUCUUGCGCGAGCUAUUCCAAUUUCUGUUUACAUAGCUGUGGUAUCUCUAGGUUUCACAGUAGCUAAGUCAAUUACUCAAUCAAUUGUUGAAUCCAAAGGAUUAAAGAAAAAAUUUACAUCAACAUUGACAACACUAAUUUAUGCAAUAAUUGUUACAUUUUGGUUUACUCUUAGCAUUGUUCCUUAUAUACAAUCAGUAAAUCCAAAAUUAAGUUCUAAUCUUCCUACAGAACUAAAAAAAAUUCAUGCUAAACUUGACAGUUUUCAUUUAGUAAAUAGUUAUGGCUUAUUCAAAAAAAUGACUGGAGCUACAGGUAGACCUGAACUUAUUAUUGAAGGCAGCAAUGAUAUAAGUGGACCAUGGAAAGAGUAUCAUUUCUUAUACAAACCAGGAAAUGUUAAUAAUUCUCUUCCGUUUGUAGCGCCGCAUCAACCUCGUCUUGAUUGGCAAAUGUGGUUUGCAACAAUGGGAUCAUAUCAUCAAAAUCCUUGGUUAAUGUCUUUGGCCUAUCGUAUCUUGAAUGGACAACCUGAAGUUUUAGCUCUGAUGAAUGAGAAUCAAAAUCCUUUUCGUCAGCAUCCACCAAAGUACCUUAGAGCUUACCUUUAUAACUAUACAUACACUGUACCAUUAAAAGGAAAAAAAUUGAAUUCCUGGUGGGUGAGAGAAAGAAAAAAUGAGUACUUGCCGAUUUUCAGUCGAGAUCAUCCACCUUUGAUUGAAUAUUUAACGAACAUGAAAGUAAUAAUAUCAAGUAAUAAUCAUCCUAAAGUAACAAAUAAAACUCUCAAGAUAGCUUUGGAUCUAAUAAGAUCUCUUGUGAAUAAAGUUGAACCACCCCUCCUAUUGUGGGGCUUUUUCACUGCAGGAUGUGCAAUAGUAAUGACUGGUUAAUCAUCAUCUUCUAAAAUUUUACCAAAUCGUGGGUAAAAACUGAUCUGUCAUCAAAAGUGCAAAAAACUUUUUGAUGAAUUGACAUAACUCUCUGUAUGUGUAUGUCAACUGUUAUAAGCUCAACUGUCUAAUUUGAAACUAAACAAAUAAUUGUGUUUUGUGUUCUAAGCUUGAAAAUAAAUUAUAUUACUUUUAAUUUCUAAAAUGUAAAGAAUAGUUUUAAUUGUGUGAUGGUGUGGUUCUUUUUCAAGUUAGAUACUAAUUUUUACAUUAUCAUUUUGUCCUCAAGAUUUUUAUGAAUUCACCUAAACUUAUAAAAUGUGAUCAAAGUUUGUAGAACAUAAUAAAAUAGAAAAUUUGUGAACUGUAAAGUUUAUACACAACAAAUUCUUUACAAUGAAUGAGUUUAGGUGAGAAUUAAAUUUUUAAAUACGUUCACUAAAA